AUGGAGGAGGUGCCGAGGCCCCGCCCCCUCGCUCCGCUUUACGGCGCGGCCCCGCCUGGGCAGCCGAGCCUGAGGCAGGCGCGCGCCGGAGGGCGGGGCGUGAAGCCACGCCCACAGCCCCGGUAUUUAAAUUUUUCAUCAAAAAAUAAUGGAGCUUCUAAAAAUCCUGAGAAUAAUAGAACAUGUCUUGAAUUCUCAAAGUUAAAUGCAAUGACUUCCUUAAAAGAUUUAUUUUGUCCCAAAAUAAAGAUAAAUCUGCUGAUGUACUCAAGGGGCAAUGCCAAGUGCGCUGAACCACUCUUUGAGUCUAAUAACUCACUCAACACCCGCUUCAACCCAUCGAAGAAAACCGUCUGGGUUAUUCAUGGGUACAGGCCGCUUGGUUCCACCCCCGCGUGGCUGCAUGCAUUUACUAAGGCCUUUUUGAAAGAGGAAGAUGUGAAUCUCAUUGUUGUAGACUGGAACCAGGGAGCUACAACCUUUAUUUACAGUAGAGCGGUUAGAAAUACCAGAAGAGUUGCAGAGAUUUUGAGAGAGUCUAUUGAAAUUCUUUUGACCCACGGGGCAUCACUUGACAAUUUCCAUUUCAUUGGCAUGAGCUUAGGGGCUCAUAUUAGCGGCUUUGUAGGAAAGAUAUUUCAUGGUCAACUUGGAAGAAUUACAGGUCUUGAUCCAGCUGGACCAAGAUUUUCUGGAAAGCCAUCAAAUAGCAGAUUAGAUUACACAGAUGCAAAGUUUGUAGAUGUCAUCCAUUCUGAUUCCAAAGGCUUGGGCAUUCUAGAGCCUUCGGGACACAUUGAUUUUUAUCCAAAUGGAGGAAGAAAACAGCCAGGUUGUCCUACAUCAAUUUUUUCAGGAAUGAAUUACAUUAAAUGUGACCAUCAGAGAGCAGUUUACUUGUUUCUGGCAGCUUUUGAAACAAACUGCAACUUUGUUUCUUUUCCUUGUCGUUCCUACAAAGAUUACAUGAGUGGUUUGUGUGUGGACUGUGGGAACCUUUACAAAGACUCCUGCCCAAGACUUGGUAAUCAAGCUAAACUAUGGAAAGAAGAGUUGAAGAAAAAAACAGAAGGAUGGCCUCUUAGGACUAUUGCAUUUUUGGAUACUAGUAGCCAGAAUCCAUUUUGUACCUAUUAUUUUGCUCUCCAUAUAGUAGCUUUGAGUGAAACUAUGAGAAAUGGCUCAAUUUCAUUUGGUUUAUUAAAUGACCUUGGAAUAUUGGAAUACCCAAGGCUCUAUGAGAAGAGCAAGCCAUUUGCUAAUCUUCAAGAAGUCAAGAUUCUUGCUCAGUUCGUAAAUGAUAUUGUGAACAUUUCACGCAUUAGCAUGACGUAUUUUCAGUCCACAAAUCCUUACUGUCCCACAUGCGAGUACAGAAUAAAGAGUCUCCUGUUAAAAUCACUCACACAUCCAGAAAGACCACCAAUUUGUAAGUAUAAUUUUGUACUUAAAGAAAGAACAAGGACAGAUCUUCAACCAGAUAAAUGUAACACGCAGAUGGGGUGA